AUGUCACUCUUUCAACUCGCGCAUGCAAAUGAACUACUCGACGGAGAGGGAUGGGAAUAUGAAAUUAAAUAUUAUUUUCUACGAGCGCGUGAUUUACAUGAUGCUCAUGUCUUUGUGACACUGAAUGGUCAUGAAAUUACACCAAAAUUUUAUCCAGAUGCAGAAUAUGAUUUGCCAGAAAUUUACCAAAUUCAUGCAAAACAAGUGGCUGAAGAACGAAGUUUGGAAGAGUAUGAGAGAAUGAAUGAAGAAUGUUCACAGGGCGAACAUUUUUGGCAUUCGAUUAAAGAAAUUGAUCCGCAAAAAUAUGAUGGAAAAGUUAUUGAGAUUAAUGCGGAUUGUGGACAAGUUUUUCAACUUUCGAUUCAAUUCGAUACACCGUGUAAAAACGAACUUACAGAUCAAAAUAUUUACAAAUAUAAUCAAUAUCACAUGGAACAAAAGAAAAACAUUUAUCAGUUACGAGCACAAAAUGAAGAAUUCAUUUUGAAAUUUUUCUUGGAAAAUUUAGAAAAGUUUGAUUUAGAUUUUCAAAAGUUAACCGUCGAACCUGAAAAUAUGAAAACAUGGAAAGAUUUUCAAGAAUUCAGCGAAAAUCAAACGAAAUGUCUAGACAACCAUCAUACACAUGGAGAAUUUAUCGUAUUGAAAUUAGAAAAAUUAAAUGAACCAAUUAAAAUAAUUCAUUGUAAUGACUGA